GUUUGCAGAGCUGCAGCUGAGUCAAGGUGCAGACAGGUUCCUUGAGGACAGUGUGUGAGCUUGUCAGUCCUGCAGACAAAGAUCCAGGUUCUCCGGGUAUCCUGGAACCACUUUAGACUGUUGUGAAUCAAGGCAUCUGGAUUCCAGAGCUUACACGUAAGACCAUGGCUGAGCCCGGCGAUGACUCUCUGAGGAUUGUUCUGGUAGGGAAAACAGGAAGUGGAAAGAGCGCCACAGCGAACACCAUCCUGGGGCAAAAGAUAUUUGCUUCUAGAAUCGCACCCCAUGCUGUCACCCGGACCUGUCAGAAAGAAUCCCGCAGGUGGAAGGAGAGAGACCUUCUGGUUGUUGACACCCCAGGGCUCUUCGACACCAAGGUAAACCUGGAAACCACCUGCAUUGAAAUCAGCCGGUGUGUCCUCCAGUCCUGCCCUGGGCCUCACGCCAUCAUUCUGGUUCUGCAACUGAACCGCUUCACCGUGGAAGAGCAAGAAACCGUGGUCAGGAUCAAGGCGAUCUUUGGGGAGGCAGUCAUGAAGUACAUGAUUGUCUUGUUCACCCGCAAAGACGAUCUGGAGGACCAGAGCCUAAACGAUUUCAUUGCCGACUCAGAUACAAACCUAAAAAGCAUCAUCGAGGAGUGUGACGACCGCUGCCUGGCCAUCGAUAACAGAGCAGAGAGGGCCGAGAGGGAGAUGCAGGUGCGGGAGCUGAUGGGGCUCGUGGAAGCCCUGGUACAGAGCAAUGGCGGGCUCUACUUCUCCGAUCCCAUCUACAAGAAUGCAGAGCAAAGGUUGAAGAAACAAGUAGAGAUCUUGAGGAAAAUUUACACUGAGCAACCGGAGAAGGAGAUUAGAAUAGUGGAGAAGGAGUAUGCUCUCGGGAAACUUAGUACUCAGGAAAGAGAGGAAAAAAUACAGGCCAUUAGGGAAAAUUAUGACCUGAAGAUAAGAAACCUACGUGAGGAAGCAGAGAAGAACAUAUUCGACCAGAUUGUUGAAGGAAUUAAGAAAAUUCUUUUGAGAAUAUGGUGUCUUUUUUCAUAAGCAGUCUGCAUUUUAUUUUCAUUUAUUCUGAGCGUUUUUCCACCUCACUCCCUACCGCUCACCCUGCUGGUCCUUUCCUACAGCCACCGGCAGAUUUAAGAGAUGGCAAAACCAGGACUCCAGUGUACUAGAGUCAGGAGUCAGUGCCAGGCUCGAAGGCUGGACCACAGUUGGCUCUCAGCUCCCUAUGCUAGCUUGUCCUGCCUUUGCCACUCUGAUGGACUGAAACGCCUCUGUAACCAUGAGCCCAAAUAAACACUGCCUCCCUUAA